AUGCUUUGCUCGAGCUACCGAAAGACUGCCAAUUCGGGCAUAUUCUCGGAAUAUCAUGGCCUCCACGAGACCGAGGUAACUAUCAAAUUCAGUGGUCCGUUUUUCAGGGAGACCAGCAGAAAGCUAUGUGAAAAGAUGGAUAUGGACAACUUCUACUACUCCCAUGCUUGCAGUUACACUACGAACAGCUCAGGGCAUCAAUAUGCCGGUUCCCAGGCGACUGACUUUCAGCCUGUUGAUACGAACUUCCCGGAAAAGCCCCUCAGGCAAACCAUGAUAUCGGCGGAUAAUACCACAAACCCCGGGCGGUCUGACUUGAGCUUCGCAGAAGCAGUCUUCUUUGCAAGCAGGAUAUCGUUCGAGAUGAGUGGACGCCUGAGCUUGAUCACGAAAUGCUUCGCGACAGGUGGUUCCUCGCUUGCGAAGCAUGGAAUUGCGGUGUACCAGUAUUGCACAACCUAUAUCUCCUCGACGUCACAGUGA